AUGUUCGCUACCAAGGUCUUUGCUGCUCUCGUCGCCGCCUCCGUCGUCCUCGCCGCCCCCGCUUCUCAGCGAUCCGGCUCUGCCUCUGGCUCUGCUUCCGAGUCUGCCUCUGGCAGCCCCACCGCUUCCAACAGCGGCUCUUCUUCUGCCAGCGGUACCGCCUCUUCCUCCGCUGCCUCUUCUUCCUCCUCUUCUUCCUCUGGCGACUACUCUGGCACGCAAGUCUUUUCUUCUUCUUCACUUUUCGCUACCUACUACACCGUCACUGAUACCGGCAGCGCUUGUGAGAUGACCGUCACCGACGACGACUACGUUGUCGCCCUCAACAAGCCCCAGUACACUGCUUCCGACCACUGUGGUGACACCGUCACCAUCACCAACACCGAGAACGGUAACACUGCCACCGCCAAGGUCGCUGACGAAUGCCCCGAGUGUGAAAGCGGUUCUCUCGACAUGUCCCCCGGUCUCUUCGGUGCCCUCAACGACAAUGACUACGACGAGGGAGAGUUCUCGAUCUCUUGGUCUUUCUCCAGCUAA